AAGACAAGACUGAAAAUAUGAACUAAACAGAUUUAGAAAAUGCCUCUCUCUGAACUGAUCGCAUCUUUGGGGAGUAAUCCUUAUUUUUCAGCUGGUUUCGGUCUAGUGGGGGUAGGAGCUGGACUUGCUGUAUUGAGAAAAGGAAGCUUGCACGCAUACACCUUAUUUCGUCGGUACGCCAUUAUCACCCUUGAAGUUCCAAGUAAUGACAAGAGUUAUCAGUGGGUCUUGCAAUGGAUUGCAGCUCAGGGCCAGCGAGCUCAGCAUCUUAGCGUUCAGACAACAUUCGUCCAACAAGAAACGGGAAAAGUGCAAACAAAUUUUGAUUUUUCGCCUAGUCCGGGGGUGCAUUUCUUCAGAUACAAGAAAAGCUUUGUGAGAGUGGAAAGAACUCGAGCUGAAAAAAUGGUAGACCUUUCAAGUGGGGCCCCUUGGGAAUCUGUAACUCUAACAUCGUUUGCCACAAAUAAGCAGCUGUUCUUUGAUAUUCUGAGUGAAGCAAGAAGCACGGCCCUUGCAAAGCAGGAGGGUAAAACUGUCAUGUACGUUGCAAGAGGGACAGAUUGGCAACCGUUCGGGUUUCCGCGACGAAAAAGACCUAUAGACUCUGUUAUUCUUGACGAUGGUGUAUCUGAGAGAAUCUUAGCUGAUGUUAGGGAUUUUAUUGCAUCCCCCAAGUGGUACAUGGACAGAGGUUUGAAAGUCUAAUCAAGUUUUAUAAAUUUUAUAUGCCAGUGUUUGUAGUUUUUUUUUUGUUACGGACUGCCAUCUACAAGUUCACCCUGCAGAUAUAAAGUUAUGUAGUAUCUGGACACUCAGCACCAGGUUUAAAUGACAAGAAAACACUUGUACAUAUGUACACAUCAGCCCUCGUGGGGCAUGUGUCUUGAAAGGGUGCAACAAAAAUGGUGUCCAAUAUUGUGUAAUUCCAGAAAAUAUCCAUACCCCUCCCCCACCCCCGAUGAUCUUUUAGAUAAGACCCCCACCCCAUCAGAAUUUCCAUUGCAGAGGGGUCUUAUAAAACCCCCCACUUCCCCUGGAAUUUUUUAUUUUCUUUUAGUGGCCUAAAUUUGCAGUAUUUGGAAAUUAUCUACUGUUUAAACGCUUAAACAUCACUGUUCAUGUCUUUAGAAAUACCUUUUAAGUAUUGUUGAAACAUUUUCUUUUUUUAAGGCAAUAUUUCUAAAGGACGUAUAGCACGCUCUGCUCUUUUGGUGAAUGUUCAAAACCAAAAUUACAGAGUAUUAAUUAAAUAGUAAAUUUUUUCAGUUGACAUACUGUCUGAGAUAUAACUGAACAUUUUUAUAUGGCUAGAGUGAGAAGCUGUUCGCCAUAAGGACUCACUUAUACGUCUCAGCUGUUUGCUUAAAUUUUAAGGUUUAAUAAAAUCAAGGAUGUGUUUUAUCUAUGAAACACUCUCUUGUAAAGAAAAUAAAGCAACUCAAACGAGCCGUAAUCUACUUCAAGGGUCUUCAACGUGAUAGCUGUUUGCUAUUUCAGUACUAUCCAUUUGAAUGCUUUUAAAAAUUUGUUCAAAGCAUUUGACCAACCAGUGGAAUGGUUUGAGUAUCAUUUGUUUGCAAACUAGUAACAUUUUUUAUUCAAAUGUUUGCAGCAAAUCUGUUUGUUUAAUUUAUGGUAGCAUCAGACAUCUGAUUCCUUACAAAUAAAAUUGUAUCCUCAACAGAUAUUUGCUAAUCUCUGAAAAUAUCGGUAGACUAAAAGUGCUACUAAAAUAAUGUACCAAACUUUAAAAUGUAGAAAAAAGUCUCAAAGGAACAUUCAAAAUGAAACCUGGAAAAAUAUUCCACUGUUUCACAUGUCAUCAUGUAUUGUCUGUUUUGUAAGUGAAACAUGAUCCUUUUUAUUUUUGAUUACAAUUUUUUAAUUUUUGAUUACAAGCAGGUGACCGAAAGUCUGCUCCCGAAAUUCACUACACGAAGAAAUGUCAGUGACCUUCUAAGGCAAAGAAGUUGUUUGGAAACAAUUCUGUGUUAUAAACAACAUGAUUUCUAGCUCUUCGUCAAGCUUUAAGUUUGGUGAUUAGAAUAGAUGAUGUAUUUCUAGAAAAUAAUGCACUUCCUUGCCUUCAUUGCUUAAUUUUUGCUUGCCUCCACAACAUAAUAUGUGUAAGUACAUGUUCGAUUAUUGCCAGUUUUGCAUGACCUCAAGUCUGAAAAAAUUAUUUCACGUGGACACCCCCUACCCUUCGGAGAUUUUGGCCUGUUUUAGUACACAUUGUAAAAACAAGCAAAAAAGCCUGGAUGUGAAGCCAGCAGCAGGAGUCUGUAAAUUUCAAAAUGCUUGGAAAGAAGGUUAACAACAGUGCAUUUGUACUGUUUGCAUGAAUAUGUUGUUAAUAUAUCCUGAUCUUGCUGACAAUAGAGGUUAUUUUGUUCAUUGGCUGUGAGUCUGGCAGACAUUUGAAAAAGCCCCCAAACCAAAGAUUCUAUAUAAUACCUUAUGUUUUUGUUUUAUUAUUAAUCAUAAUUUUUUUGCCACUGAUAGAAGUUAAAUAUAUAGGAAAAAGAUGAGGCAAGGGAGCUCAAGGAAGCCUUUAACGCUUGUGAAUAGGACCACCUUUUGGAAAUAUACGUCUUGAUAAAUGAAAUACUGACAUCAGGAAGACAAUUUAACUAAGCACAUACAAUUACUCUAGAAAAUACUUUACUUUCAUUAAAUAGGAUGAAAAUAGGUAUACCUUAUACUACCACUGCAUUGGUUUUGAAAUUAAGCUCAUAUCUCUUAGAAAAAUUAGAUUUACUCUGGACAAGUAAACCUUGAAUCAUUUGUCUAUUGGACAAAUGGAGUUUAUUUUACUUAUUUGUUAUUAUUACUAUUAUUAUUAUUGCUGUUAUUAUUUAUUUUUUUGCACCCUGACAAGUGUCUUAUUUUUAAUUUGAGCCAUAGACUCUCAGUGAGUGUGUUCGUUUUACACUCUAUAUUUCUUCCUGAAUGUACAUGUAUUGUGGGUUAGAGAUUUAAGUCUGUUAACUUGAUGUGGUUUUGUCAGCUACAUUUAAUCCCUAAUGAGGGACCAGCACUCAGUUUUUGCAUUUCAUUCCUGCACUCAAUACUUCACCUCAUUUUUGUUUUAAACUAGUCCCCUUUUAUUCUUCAAUCUCCUAACUCUGCUGAAUGUGCUAUUGCUAAACUUUCAUUCAGUGCUGUUUUUGUUUUUUUUUUUUUUAGGUAUACCAUACAGGAGAGGUUACCUUCUUUAUGGACCUCCAGGAUGUGGAAAAAGUAGCUUCAUGUAUGUCCAUUAUUCCAUUCCUACGUUCUUGCUCUGAUUAUUGCUUGAGCAUUUAAACCAAGUUUUACUUGUCUUUAAUGUGCAAGUUAAAAUUUAUACAAUAACACAGAAAGUUAUAUUUAUUUAUUUAUUGUUUUGGUGGUGGCAUGUUUUACACAGCUUUAGCUGAGAUUCCAGUGUGUUCCCCACUUGUACUGCAAGAUUUUGGGGUAUAUUCAGCUGUGAGUACUAAUCUGUCAUGAAAACGUUUUAAUUUUGUCACACCAUGGCCUGCGAAUACAGCCAUCUCUCUCCGCUCCUUUGACAUCACCAGGUUAAUGUCCCACUGGGGGAUGAGCAAGGAGAGAUAGCUGUGUAAGCAGAUUGAUUAGUGAUGGCACAGAAUUUAAAAGACAUAUACUGUUCCUUCAGUUCCUUUCCUUCUGUAAGAAAGCAAGAGAAUCCUGUUGUAGAAGUUACAUUAUACCCACUUUCUUAACCAAAAGCAUGGUUUGCUGUUGUUAUCUUCUAGUCAAGCAUUAGCUGGAGAACUGGAUUAUAGUAUUUGUGUGAUGAACUUAAGUGACCGCAGCCUGUCAGAUGACCGCCUCAUCCAUCUAAUGAGCUGUGCACCACAGCAGAGUAUAGUGCUGUUAGAGGAUAUUGAUGCAGCUUUUGUUAAGAGAACAGAUGAAAAGGAAGAGGGAAAGGCAUAUAGCUAUCCAAACAGGGUAAAUACAAAUUGAAGUAAAUGUAGAUUGCUGGUUUUGUUUAUUAAAGUUAAACAUUGUUUAAAUAUACGUAUUAAUUUGGCACCUUUUAAACUUACCUUAAAAGUGCAAUCUGUCUUGAAAUUAUAACCAAAAAAACAGCUUGUCAGUUUGUGGAUGGAUAUUAAGUUUAUUGUUUGUUUGUUUGUUUUUUUUUUGUAGUGGAAAUGAAAAUUGAAGGAGCUAUUUAAAAAAUCUUUUUGCUAUUUCUUUGAAACCCCCCAAAAAACACUUUGGAAUAGAAGAAAACCAUGAGAUAAAGCUCAGUUUUAUUUCAAAAUCUUCCUCUACUAUAAAUUAUAUCUCAACUAUGAAUACAUGUUUUUUUGGCUUUCAAUGACCAGUAUUUUUAGGAUAGCAACUUGAAAACGCUGGGCAAACUUUGUCAAGUUGCCAAAAAAAAAAAACGAUUUGGCUUUGCUAUCCGUUUAAUAGAAUCAUUUGAUAUUACUUCAUUUAGAGUUCCAAGGAUGAGAAAAGAUGACUGAGCAUACUUAGUUAGCAUCUCAUAGCUUUGACAAAAAAAUAUGUGGACCUCGCCAUGACCCUUGUUAUGCUUUCAGUCAAAGUGCAAUGAAAGUUUUCUAAUGGUAGAGAAAGUGUAAUGAGCAAAGGUAAAACCCUUUUUUGGGGGGGUUGGAAGAGGUGGGAUGGGAGAGUAGGGGUGUGAAUAACCCCCCUUGAAAGCACCUUUUCACGCGACAAAUUCAUGUUUCAGGUAACAUUCAGCGGUCUUCUAAACACAUUAGAUGGCGUGGCAUCUUCUGAAGAGCGCCUUGUUUUCAUGACAACCAAUCAUCUUGAAAGGCUCGACCCAGCCCUCAUACGGCCAGGCAGGGUAGACCUUAAACAGGAAAUUGGUCUCGCUUCUAAGAGCCAGCUUUACAAGAUGUAUAAGCGUUUCUAUCCUGACCAGACCUUCGCUCGUGCAGAGGAGUUUGCGGACAAAGUGAUGGGCCUGGGCCAGAGGAAAAGUAUUGCACAUAUACAGGGACAUUUUAUGCUGUUCAAAAAUGAUCCUUCGGGCGCCAUACAAAGUAUUGAGCUCCUACGAUAG